AUGUCUGAUACCAAGACCGACUCGGCUGCUGUGCCACCCGCUGUAGCUCCCGCUGCAGCUCCCGUACAAGACACAGCUGCGGCCCCGCCACCGCAGACCGAUGCCCCUCCGAGGGCGACGCCUCCGACGAGCAUCGACAUCGACAAGCCAACGGACUUUGAUGGCCAGAUUGCGACAAACGAUGAGAUACCCUCGGAUGCCACGAUCGCCAAGGUUGCCGACUAUAUACUGCUCGACAAACAUGGCAAGUCGCAUACCUUCAGGAGCCUCUACAACAGCCGUAACGGUGCCCGACGAGUCCUGGUAAUAUUCAUCCGCCACUUUUUCUGCGGUAACUGCCAAGAAUACAUACGCACCCUCGCUGAGUCGAUCUCCAGCGAAGCUCUCCUCGGACUCCCCGUCAGCACCUCGAUCGUCGUUAUCGGUUGCGGCGACCCAAAGCUAAUCGACAUGUACGUCGAGGCGACCAACUGCCCAUAUUCUCUGUACACCGACCCAAAGAGUGCUCUCUUCGAUGCUUUUGGCAUGGUCAAGACUCUUGCUCUUGGCGAGAAGCCCGCGUACAUAAAGAUGGGCUUCCUCAAGGGCGUAUUUACCGGCAUGGGGCAAGCUUUAAAGCAGCUGCCGCGCGGCCUGACGCUGAAAUCAGGCGACCAGCGCCAGGUCGGCGGCGAAUUCUUGUUUGAGCCCCUCGAUCUGGUGACGCCAAUCACAACGCCCACGGACGGCCAAGGUGGCCCCGCCAUCAUGGACGCUUUUGACCAUCAGCCCUCUCAGAGCGAUGACAACAGCCAGUGCGAGGUGAAGAAGAUUACUUGGUGCCACCGCAUGCGCAGCACACGCGACCACGCCGAAAUCCCGGAAAUCAUGGACCUGCUCGGCCUCGACGGCCACGGCCAGCCCAUCAAGGAUACUGCGCUGUGGGAAAAGACCAUACAGACCAGAAAGGGUACAGGUCUGUCCAUGGCAAGCAAGAUGAACGAAUUGACUGCCGCGCAACAGGCAGAGGCAAACAAGGCAUAG